GAUAAAUAACUGGACCGCCGAUGACUUGAGCUGAAAGGGCCUCUCUGUUUUGUCUGAAUGGGAAGCGAUGCAUGUGACUCUUUUCUUGGAUUUCAAUGGAUGGGCCAAAGAUGAAAGAAAAAGCCGGGAAAACGGUCCGGUUCAGAGUCGCAUCUGCCAACAGUGGCCGAGUCCUGGCUGAGGUGUUCAAGGACGAGAGGACCUGGUGCGGCUCGGUCUCUGACUCUGCAGACUCGGACGGCACCGGCAGCAUGGAGGCAGAGCAGGGAAGUCUGCCGCCCCCCAGUGAGGCCAACAGGCACCUGAACGGCCUGGAGGCUGCCGGGGACGAGAACGGCUGUGAGUCCGAUGACCUGCUGCUGUAUGCCAGUGUCAAGAGGGAGAUGAUGUUCAGCAACAAGAGGAUCAACAUCUGCAGUAAGAACGGAACCAUCCGAGGGGUGAGGAACAAAGUGAGCGCAGGCCAAGUGCUUUUCAACAACCUCUCUAACAUGUACUCUGGUCGUCAUCAGAGAAGAAGACCCUGGGAAAAGGAGUGAUGUUUCAUGUCAAGCAAUGUCCUUCUUAAAUAUCU